AUGUCGGUAACAAUUGCUCAAAAACGGCAAAUUGAUCCUGGAAAUCCCUUGGUUGGAUUAUGGCAUAAUACCCCCUCAUUCAACCUAUCGAGGUUAGAGUGGGACCGAAUUGUAAUGGGGGAUCUGAGUGCCAAAGUUGGAGAAGGAAACGAGGGAUAUGAAAGUGUGCUUGGUAGGCAUGGAAUUCGUAUACGGAAUGAAAAUGGAGAGCGGCUGAUAAAUUUCUGUGGGCAUAACAACCUGGUGGUAACUGGUACCAUCUUUCCGCAUCGACUAAUCCAUAAGCAAACAUGGACUUCUCCAGGAGGGAGAGUAAAGAAUCAAAUUGAUCAUGUCUUGCAUCCCGGGUUCAAGAUACAAUUUUCACUGAAAUUGAGAAAUAAAUAUGAUGUUCUAGAAGACCAUAAUGUUGCAGACAGUACUGUUGAGGGGAGAUGGCAGGGUUUUGAGAAAGCAUAUAAGGAAACAGCUCAGGAAGUAUUGAGAUAUAAAGCAAAAGGACAGAAGCCAUGGAUAAGCAACGAGUCUUUGGGAAUAGUGGAAGAGAGAAAAAGUCUAAAACAGAAUAUUGAACAGGCCAAGUCUGAUAGGGUUAGACAGAUAUACACCCGCAAAUACAGGAAUAAAGAUAAAGAAGUGAAGAGGAAUUUGAGAAAGGAUAAGAGAAAAUGGAUUGACAAUCUUGCAUUGCAGGCGGAGAAAGCAGCUUGCAAUGGAAGAAUGAAGGAAGUAUACAUGCUUACUAAAACCAUUAGCAAUGACAAGCCGAAGCCAGCAUUUGCUGUUAAAGACAAAAUCGGAAGUCUAGUGACUGGGCAUGCUAGAACUGAAAGAUGGAGGGAACAUUUCGAGGAAGUCUUGAAUCAACCCGUUCCUGACAAUCCUGUAAAUGAAAUUGUGGUUGAACCUGUAAUACAUGAAAUUAGUACCGAACCUAUAAAAGUAGUUGAAAUUAGAACAGUAUUGAAAAGAGUGAAGAAUGGUAGAGCAGGAGGCAAGGAUGAAAUUAUUGUAGAGUUAUUGAAAGCUGACAUGAAUAUAACAGAAGAAUGGUUAUGCAGCAUAUUUAAAGAUAUUUGGGAGAAAGAAAAAGUUCCAAAAGCAUGGAAACAGGGGCUGAUUGUCAAAAUACCUAAAAAAAGGAAGCUUUACUGA